ACUUACUUUACUCUUUGAUCUGUGGUACUGCUCAAGUAAAUAAAUGAAACUGUUUGUUUUAUUAGUUUAUUUUCGUCUGUAAAAAAAUCAUUCUGGCGUCGGAAAACUAUCCCAAGAAAAUGCUAGACGGGUGGUAUUGCCGCUCGAUAGCAAAUAUGCAAGCAAGUGAAGCUGCCAGUGUUAGCAGUAGUGCACCUCCAGAAUCCACACAUGCCCGCGAUUCGCGUACAUAUUCCAGUGAUAGCAGCAGUGAACCAGAAUCAGAGCCAAACUAUCGGGCGCAGUAUCUUACUUUGAAGAAAAAACUUAAAUACCUGAUUUAUGAAAAUGAGUGCUUCCAAGAUGCUCUUAGAUCAAGUCAAAAACGUUUAUUAAAAGUCUCUAGAGAUCGUAGUUUCCUGUUAGAUAGAUUAUUACAAUAUGAAAAACCUGACAGCACUACUUCUGAAAGUGAGGACACAGAAUCAUCAGAUGACACAGAUUACAAUCGUAUGGAUGCCAUGAAAAGGAAAAAAAUGGAAGCCAAUGCUUCUCAUCAAAAUACAGCACCUGCUUUAAAUAAGGGAGCUAACCCGGUAAAAAGGAAAAGAGUUGUUGUUCCAAAGAAAACAAAUGCUAACAAUCUUCAUCAAACUACUGGUGCUAUGAGCGCAAAGGCAUCUCCUGCCCUUGGUUUUGGAUUAUCUGCUGGAGAUGGACACAUGACUCCUGAAGAAGUGGAACGCCACUUGCAGUCGCGGCAGUCGUAUCUGGAACUGUUACCUGAGAGAGCACCACCCACAGUGCCGACAGAAAUGUUUAGCAAUGACCCGUCACUCGACAGUGAAUCAAAUGAUGUAUUAGAAAAUUCACCAAAUGUAGAAGAAUGGUUUGAUUAACAUCUAUUUUUACUAUGUAGAUAUGUAGAUAAGUAUUAUGGAUAUAAUAAUGCUAGCGUCGGUCAAUAAAAUUAUUUUGUAACUUAUUUCAAUAAAAAUAAUAAUAACAGGCA